AAGCCGAUUGCAAUGUUCAAUAUCAAGAUAAUCAUUCUGGUUGCCCUCGCCAUCACCAUGGUCCAGAGUUGUUCCAUAAACCAACCAGAGGAUGAGGUCCAGUGUGGAUGUUGCAAGUCCCAAUGCUCCUCAUGUGGAUGCAAAUCCUGCGGAUGUGGAUGCAGGCCCUGUCGUUGUUGCUCCUCAUGUGGGUGUGGCUGCCAGGACUAA